GUCGUGUUUACGUUUCAUGCCGUCAUCGUCGGCGCUCUCGUUUGUGUUCUGCGUUACCGUGAAUCCGUUUUUGGUGUUUCUCUGUGUUUCGUAUUCAGAAUACAGAAAAUACACGGUGAAAUAAAAGAUAAUGGAUUUUCAACACAGAGCCGGUGGUAAGACAGGUGGAGGUGGUGUGGCCUCGUUCUCCGAUGCAAAUAGAGAUCGCAGAGAAAGGUUGAGACAGUUGGCCUUGGAAACGAUUGACUUGAAUAAGGAUCCAUAUUUCAUGAAAAAUCAUCUUGGCUCGUACGAAUGUAAACUUUGUUUAACACUGCACAACAAUGAGGGAAGUUAUCUUGCACAUACUCAAGGUAAAAAACAUCAAGCAAAUCUGGCAAAAAGAGCAGCAAGGGAUGCAAAGGAAGCCCCAGCUCAACCUGCUCCAGCCAAACCGACCAUUGAAGUCAAAAAGUUUGUUAAAAUCGGCCGGCCUGGGUAUAAAGUGACAAAGCAAAGAGUGCCGGACACUGGACAACAAAGUUUAUUAUUCCAGGUCGAUUAUCCUGAGAUCGUUGAUAUAAUCAUACCAAAACACAGGUUCAUGUCAGCAUAUGAACAGAGGGUAGAACCACCGGAUAGAAAAUGGCAAUAUUUACUGUUUGCUGCGGAACCUUACGAAACAAUUGCCUUCAAGGUGCCAAGCAGAGAAAUUGAUAAGAGUGAAUCGAAAUUUUGGACUCACUGGAAUAAAGAAACAAAACAGUUUUUCCUGCAAUUCCAUUACAAAUUUGAAAGACCAGGGGGAGAUGACAGAGAUGAAGAGUAUCAAAUGCCUCCACCAUUAUUAAACUCUGAUUUACCACCUGGCGUGGCACCACCAGGCCCGCCUCAUGGCAGCGGUAACAUGCCACCACCACCAGGCAAUAUGCCACAUGGAGCUCCACCUCCAUAUAAUAUGAUGGGUCGUCCACCCCCUGGUAUGGGAGGAUGGGGGCCACCCCCAAUGGGUUCGGGCCCCCCAAAACCUGUUCCACCUCCUCCACCAAUGGCCCCACCAUCAGAAGGGGAUAGUGACGCCCCAGAGAACUAAACUUUUGUCUGCCGUUACCCCAGAAGUAUGAGCUCAUACAGAGAUGCAUUGGACUAUGAUUCUCUUUGCACCGUGAAACGGUUUUAUGGUAUCACAUUUUGGACUAUGACGUCAUAUUAUGAUGACACAUUUUAGACGAUGACGUCAUAUUAUGCUGACACAUUUUAAAGUAUAAAAUCAAAUUUUGUAAUAUGCCAUCAUGAAGUUUGGCACAUUUUGUAAUUGUAAAGAUCGGUUUUAAAGUUGGAUUGGUGGCAUUGUUUAUUAUCAUAUAAUAAAUUGACUGGGGGCGGGCAUCUGAGCUUUGCAAUUCCUUCAGCGUAUGAACAAGAAAUGCUCCGUUGCUAGAAUGUUUUUUCAAUCUACUUUCUGAGUGACUUUAUAUGUCUCAAAUAAAUACACUUGAAGAGAA